CUAUCCGUCCCUAUUCCCUUCCCUCCCACAAAGUCGCCGAGAGCACAUUUUGUAGUUAGUACUGGGGUGGAACGUUUAAGUCAUGCGCUUUAACCUUCAAGAAUUUAUGCAACCUGACAAUUUUCCAGUCAGGGGAACAUGUGCUAAAAUACACGUGAGGAUGCUAUUCACAAAGCGGACACCAGCUGCACAUACAACAGUAAUGACUUGUACAGAGGACGAGCGGCUUCCCACUGCAGCGGUCAAGGAGGGUUUCCGGGAAGAAGUCACGCUUGAGCAUGUUAAACUUUGCAGCACCCGCAGGACUUCAACAGAGAGAGAAGCAAACAAGCGUUCCAGCCAAGGAAGGAGGGUGAUUUGGUUUCAAGACCAGCGAACUGGCAGCUUCUCCAGGAAAUUUGUGCAGUACAACCUUCGCCUUUUACACCUGUAUCCAAGACCGCAGCCCCGUGAACUCCCUCUGCUCCAGGAAAGGCAGCGAACCCAGCGAGCACGGAUGCGAUUUCACUCUGGUCUUAUUGAUCCUCCCUCUGCACCGAAAGGCCAACGACAACCUUCCCUUCGGGCUGCGCUCCCGCAUGCCCUCGCCCGGUACCUGCUGCGGCGGCCCUGCGCUCCGGACCCGGAUCCAGGCACCGCUCGCUGCUCUGCAGCCGCGUCCCCGCGCUCGCCCCGCCGCCGCGCUCGCGCCACUGCGCAUGCCCGGGCUGCGCCCCGGCCGCAGAGUCGGAAUCCACUUUCCGGGUUUUGGCCGCGUUCCCUGGAAGGCUCCGAGCAGAGAGACGCCGAGGAGAGACGGAUGGGUGCUAUGGCAACGUUAUCCCCGCCGUCCACAGUUCACCAAGCUUUCAGAUGACCAUCUACACCCUCGGUCUUCAAAUUUAGGUGUGGGUUGGAAUCGCCCGGAGGGCUUGUCAAAAUAGAUCCCACAUCCGGAGUGUCAGAUUCAGGAGGUCUGGAGUGAGGUGCGAGAGUGCACUUGUGCUGUGUUCUCAGGGGUGCCACGUCGUCGGGGUACCACGCUUUGAAAAUCACAGGUGAAAAGGAAGGAAGAGAAAAAACUUCUCUCUCCUACCUGCGCACCAUUUGAGAUUACACAUAAUACUUCCUCUUGUUUUAACAGUCACACCUGCUUAAAACAAAUAACUAACUAAAGCCUACGCUCAAACAAAGGUGGGCUGUAUCUUCUGUGAGUCUGAAGAAUUGAGUGGAAAACAGCUCCAAGAGUUCUCACAAACUUUGUCUGAAGCAUGAUCCAGCGCUGUGUGCCCAGCUCCGUCCAGGGCGCAGACUGGUCCCUGUUUUGCUGCCUUUUCACUCCAACCCGUGUGCCACCUUAGCACUUAGCACAGUACUUGAUACAGAAUGGGCACCCAGGCACCCCUGGGAUGGCAGCAGUAGGCCUGGAGGAAUAAAAGGACAAAUUUUAAAUUAAGAAUGCAAAAGAAUUGGAUGAGAAAGUAAAUAUAAAACUAGGUGGACCAGAGGGGAAAGAGAAGGGUUUCUCUCUAUUUUCCACUUGCAGAAACCUGCAAAUUUAGUAGUUUAUACCUGAGAAGGUGAGUG